AUGGAGGAGAUAGUGGCCGCAGUGGACGGACUCACGUUCGACAUCGAGCGCGAUCUGGAGGAACAGAUCGGAGCCCUACCGCUGCCGUUCCCGGGUAUGGACAAGUCGGGUGCGGCCACGUGUUUGUUCCACUUGCGCGGGUCGUGCGCGCGGGCGGCGAUGUGUCCGUACCGGCACAUCAAACCCGACCGGACAGUGGUGUGCAAGCAUUGGCUGCGAGGGCUGUGCAAAAAGGGCGACCUCUGCGAGUUCCUGCACGAGUACGACAUGAGCAAAAUGCCCGAGUGCUACUUCUACAGCCGCUUCCACGCCUGCAGCAACAAAGAGUGUCCAUUCCUCCACAUCGACCCGGAGAGUAAGGUGCGGGACUGCCCGUGGUAUGACCGCGGCUUCUGCAGACACGGCCCCAACUGCCGCCACCGACACACCCGACGCGUCGCCUGUUUGAACUACAUCUGCGGCUUCUGUCCCGACGGACCCGACUGUAAGUUCGUUCACAUGAGGUUUGAUUUGCCCAUUAGUGCGGAUCAGCUGCAGGUGAAGAAGGGCUCCGUUGUGUGUCACUAUUGCAACGAAACCGGGCAUAAGAUAUAUCAGUGCCCGUCGAUGACCGCUGAACAGCGCGAAGAAGCGAUUCAACACAAACUGAAUCAACUGCAGGAACAGCACGCGGCCGGCGGUGGCGGCGGACAGCCGGGUGUCGGGCAUCACAAUCAGCUCAAUCAGAACGUACCGAUGGUGCAGAUGUCGUCGGUGGCGAUGGCGCCCAAUCAUCACCAGAACAACGUUCACGGCAUCGAUAAUCACUACAACCACUUCGCCGGACAUCACGGCAAGAGUGGCGACCAAAGAGACACCGCCGGCACUGCCAUCAGCGCCACUGCCAUCAACGCCACGUGA